AUGGAGAGCACAUGUCUGGGCCGUCCCCUCCCCCCGUUGAGCACCGGCACUUCCGUGCUGUGGUGGGCGGGAAUGGGCUGCCAACGGGAUGUCGGAGACGGUGACAGACCGCCUGUAUCGUCAUGGGAUGGCCCCAAAGUGCGGAUGGACGGUCGACAUGGGACGAAAAAAAGUGUUGAGAGCCCGAGCACCGACGAUGGUUCUGGACCCUGGCGUAGGGUCUAUUGUUGUUUUGUUUUCAAUUCGAUGACUGUUGUCAACAUAGUCGUUCUUGAGAUUUGCAUAUGA